GUAAGCGUUCCUGAAUAUAUACAUUUAUAUACGUUUAUGUCCAUCUAUUUAGAUACCAAAACAGUUAGUAUUCCUUUUGACAGUUUAUAUCAAUGCCUUGCGAAGGAUGUGGCCUGGGCGAUGCCUCUCUUCAGUGCCCUACCUGCAAGAAGUUCGGUUUACCACCUAGCUUUUUCUGCUCACAAGAGUGUUUUAAGAAAAAUUGGGCGGAACAUAAGCUGAAGCACAGCCAGCCGCAGUGUUUGCAGGCAACAGUACCCACAAUGACAGAUUCUGAGUUAAAAAACUUUAAUUUUACGGGUCCGUUGCGCCCAUGGAAAAUAACCCCGCGGCGUGCAGUGCCGGAUAGUAUCGCGAAGCCAGAUUACGCGCUGCGCAACGAUGGAGUCUCUGCUUUGGAAGAAAGGAAUCGUGGCAACAACAAAGUGAUCAGUUAUAACAUCAAGCAUCUUCACGACGAUUACGAAGAUGUUAAUCUUCGUCGGCAGUCGGAUAUCUUGAAAAUUAAGCGCGUCUGUGCUCUCAGUCGCGAUGUGCUGAAUAUUGCAACCAAAGCCAUCAGACCAGGGAUCACCACCGAUGAAAUUGAUCGCAUCGUGCACGAGGCUACUAUUGAACGGCAGAUGUAUCCUUCUCCAUUAAAUUAUUACAACUUUCCAAAGUCCUUGUGUACGAGCGUGAAUGAAGUUAUCUGCCAUGGGAUCCCCGAUAGCCGCGAGUUGGAGGAAGGGGAUAUUAUUAACCUUGACGUGACAGGAUAUCUCGAGGGAUUUCACGGGGACCUGAACGAGACCGUCUUUGUGGGAAGGCCGGAUGCAGAUUCGGUGCGUCUCGUGCACACCGCCUACGCCUGUAUGAUGGCUGGGAUCAGCGUGAUCAAGCCUGGCACGCUCUACAAGCACAUUGGCGAUGCCAUCGAGGACCGUGCGGAUAAAUCAGGCUGCAGUGUGGUGCGCACCUACACUGGGCAUGGAGUCGGCGCACUCUUCCACACCACCCCAACUGUCUGUCACUACCGUAACAGCAAGAGCCCCGGGAUUAUCAAAACCGGGCACGUCUUCACCGUGGAGCCGAUGAUUAACCUGGGUACCUGGCAGGACGUGACGUGGCCGGAUCGAUGGACAAGCACCACCAAGGAUGGCAAACGUAGCGCGCAAUUCGAGCACACCCUCGUGGCGACUCCCCAGGGGUGUGAGAUUCUUACGGAUUGGGAAGACGGGGUGCCGUUUUACCAGCGCCAGCUGUGCGAUUGGGGAAUCGAAAUCCCUGCCGAGGAUCCGAGCGAGAUUAAAGUAGAUGCAAGGGUCGCAUGA